CUCUUCAACACCAGGCACUCCGCCGACGAUAACUGGUCCAUCUCACUGUUUACCUCGUCUAUGAUGAGCGCUGCCGUCUCGCCCAACGAAGCACAGCUUGAGAAGCUCCUCGAGCUUAUCACGUCUUCCGCGCGAGCCGCGAUACGGGAGUACAAGCAGGCAGCCGGUGCCUCUGCACGAGCGGACCCCGUGCCGAGCAUCCACGACCCCGAGUUCCACCCGCUCGAUACUGCACAAGACACGGUACGCCUCAAGAAGGCGGUCCGGACACUCGAGGGCGCGGCCCAACAGCUUGCGGCGACGCUCGCGCCACCCCAGCACACUGUCAUCAACUUUGCCCACAACUAUGAUUGGGCGUGUGUGGGCGUCGUGAUGCGCGCGGGCGUGCCCGAGCUGCUCAAGAAGCAUCCCAAGGGUCUGCACGUUGACGAGAUCGCAAAGGCGGUAAAGUUGGAGCCUGGCAAGCUUGGGCGGGUGAUGCGCACGCUUGCUGGCAAGGGGUGCUUCAAGGAAGUCAGCGAAGGCACUUUCGCAAUCAACCGGCUUGCGAACCAUCUCUUGCCGACGUCGGGCCCCGGCGCCUUGGCGCGCAUCCACGCGCAGGACGUCUCGCGCGCCGCCAAUGUCCUGUGGGACUCCUUGACGCUGCCCGAAUAUGCGAGCAGCUAUGACCCCGAGCACAGUCCGCUCAUUCUUGCCAUCCGGAAUGAGGGCAAGAAUGAGAGUUUCUUUGAGUGGAUGAAGGAAGAUCCCGAGCGCGGCGAACGGUAUCACCUUGCGAUGAUUGGUCUCGGAGAUAUCAUGGGCUCACUGUCUGUUUUGACCCACUAUCCCUGGAGUGAGAUCAACACCCUCGUCGACGUUGGGUCCAGUAUUGGCACUGUGUCCAUUCCAUUGGCUCGUGCGCACCCUCAUAUCAAGCUAACGUGCCAGGACUUGGAGGAGGUCACGGUCAGGGCAAAGGAUAUCUGGACAAAUGAGUAUCCCGAAGCGAUCAGCUCAGGACAGGUUUCGCUCGUCCCGUUGAACUUCUUUGAGCAGACGCCUGUGAAGAACCAGGACGCGUACUACCUCCGUAACAUCAUCCACGACUGGCCAGACCACGAGGCCACCCUCAUCCUGCGCAGCGUUCGUGCUUCGAUGGGGUCAAACAGCCGGGUGUUGAUCCAUGACUACGUGCUCCAAACCACUAACCGGAAACCUAUCGAGGAAUAUCACGGCGCCGAUGUGGCCCCUGAACCAAUGCUCCCUAACUUCGGUGCAGGCACUGCACGCGCGUAUCAGCAAGACCUGAACAUGUGGUUCAUUCAUAAUGCUAAGGAGCGGACGGUCGGUGACUUCACGAAGCUUGGGGCUGCCGCCGGUCUCCGUCUGGAGAAUAUCUACGAUCUUGCGGAGGGGUCUGUGCUUGAGUUUAGACUCGCAUAAAAGAAGGCAGUUGUUUUGGGGGUACGAUGGAGAUGCAGUAUGACGGAUGGGGGAACUUGAGCACUUUUCGCUUGUAUUGGGCCUCUCAACGGGCAAUAAUUGGCGUACAUGUAGUAUAGAACCUGUACUUUAUACGGCGGCAGAUAAUUCAACUUGGUGUUGUUCGCCAUUAGACUGGCC